UUUUAAACUCUAUAUUCGAUGCCAACAGUUUUGUCGAUAGUUCUGUAACAUCUUACAUUAUUACAAUGUAUUGCUUGCCAGAACUUGUGAACACAUUCUGAAGAAUGUUAGCCUAGGGACUACUUAAUUUGUCAAAUGUCUAUAAUGAUAAGCCUACUAUAAUUUGUGAGCCUCUGAUAGGUUAAUGUUCAUCAUGGUAGUCGUGGUUUGUACACCUAACUAAUUUGUACGCAAUAUCCGUUUAAACCAGGCUUGAUGUCAAUUAUGAAAAAUCCCCCUUUUUGCUCUAAAAAAAACUCAGAGACCAGCUACGACCCAGACACUAUAGGAAACUUCAACGAGCGACCGAUGGCACAGAACGAGUAGGGCAGACAACACCCUCACGAUUUUCUAGCCCUACGGUGUAUGGAAAGUGAUCCUGGAUGGACCUGGGCGAAAACAGCUGGUCCAUGGUCAAGCAAGAAGUGUCCAGCAGCCCAGGGUCACCGGCUGAACAGAGCUACUUACACGGCGGUCAGGACAGGAGGGACAGUCACGGCCACGCGCACGACUCGGAGGGACUCAGGUCACCGCCGACAACCGAUCAACUUGACUUAGUGGGACACCGGCGCGACGAGGGGCCAGGUAGACCAUCUCUACACUCCUACGUUCACUUCGGACACGGACACCACAACAACAACACUGCCCUGCCCACCACAGAGGACAUCACGCUGUUCACGGAUUUAGACCAGGGCAACAAACUAAUCAUCUCUAGUGGAGCGCACCCGCACCACAAGGGGGGCCUUAUCGUCGACCCCAGCGACAUGUAUCAAACACUAGCCAUCGCGGCGGCCCACCAGAGCCAGGCGGGGUACGACUCGCCCUCUGGGGGCUAUAUGCACUCCAACCCCAACUCUCCAGUGUAUGUACCGAGCUCCCGGGUGGGACCCAUGAUAUCCAGCCUCCCUUAUUUGCAAGCCAGCGGGUCGGCACAGCCUAGCCAUUCAGUCUGGUCGCAGUCUACUCCGGAGAGUCCCUCCUACAGCACCGGGAGUCCUCAUACCUCCAACCGUUUCCAUUACCCUCCAAGCCCGCCAAUGAACAACGUAGCGUCCAGGGAUAACGGCUACAGUAACCCGCUGAAUGUGGGCAGUCGAGACCAGUACGGUCUCCCGCGGCCCCUCGGUGGAUCCUACGCCAGUCCCUACUCCCCGUAUGUUGGACCGCAGCUAUCCCAGUUGUCCUCGCCUUGGCCUGGAGGACCAUUCGAUAACACCAUGUUGCACACUUUGCAAAGCAGAGGUGCGCCCUUGACGAUUCGAGGACCCAAUGGAGAUAUUCUCGACGACCUGGGAGAGAGCAGGGAAUGCGUCAACUGCGGCUCCAUCUCAACGCCGCUCUGGAGACGCGAUGGCACGGGCCACUUUCUCUGCAACGCCUGCGGCCUGUACAGCAAAAUGAAUGGACUCAGUCGGCCAUUAAUUAAACCACAGAAGCGGAUGUCAUCAUCCCGGCGAAUCGGCCUCUCCUGCGCCAACUGUCAGACGAGCACAACCACCUUGUGGCGCAGAAACGCAGAAGGUGAACCGGUCUGCAACGCAUGUGGGCUCUACACAAAAUUACAUGGAGUACCUCGGCCGCUCGCAAUGAAGAAAGAGGGAAUUCAGACGAGGAAAAGAAAACCGAAAACUUUGAACAAAACCAAGGGAUCCUCUGGAAAUAGUAAUUCAGUCGCCAUGACUCCGACGUCGACGUCUUCUUCCAACUCUGAAGACUGCUCGAAGAACAGCUCUCCCAACACGCAGGUCCAGUCCUCUGUCCUGAGUGGACCAGCGGAUGGCUCAGGCUCUGAUGUCGUGAAGUACCCAGGCCAGGAUAGUCUCUACACCAGCGUGGGCCUCACCCAGUCUCCAGACAUAGCCGGCUCCGUCAGGGGAGAGUCCUGGUGCCCCAUGGCUCUUGCCUGAGUCACGAGCUGGGGAUGGAACCCACCACACUAUCCUCUCUCUCUCUCUGGAUGUCCUGCUGCUGUGUGGUGGAAAUAUUCUGUGCGUCGAUGGUUCUGGGUCUGUUUCCUACUUCCCAGCUAACAACAGUUGGACAGAGACAGCCCCCCCCCCCCCCCCUCCCUCCACGCUCAUGCAAGUUUGAAACGUCUGUGGAAUAUUUGGGAUUGAUUUCCAGAAUUAUAUGAGAAAACCUUAGUGCCUUUAACAGAAAGGGAAAUAUGUGAGAGGAGGCCUGUUGAUGCAUUCUUGACACUCUGCAGUUCGGAUGUGUUCCGGACCGACCUGCUGUUCUCUCUCUCUCUCUCUCUCUCUCUCUCUCUCUCUCUCUCUCUCUCUCUCUCUCUUCCCUCUCUUCUCUCUCUCCCUCUCUCUCUCUCUUCUCUUCUCUCGUCUCUCUCCUCUCGUCUCU